UCCUCGUGCCGGGAUGCGGCCUGAGGCCUCCUCUGUUUCUUCUCCCAGGCAUCCCAACAUCUUGCGUCUCUACAACUAUUUCUAUGACCGCCGAAGAAUCUACUUGAUUCUGGAGUACGCCCCCCGCGGGGAGCUCUACAAGGAGCUGCAGAAGAGUCGCACUUUUGACGAGCAGCGAACAGCCACGAUCAUGGAGGAACUGGCAGAUGCGUUGAUGUACUGCCACGCGAAGAAGGUGAUUCACAGAGACAUAAAGCCAGAGAAUCUGCUCUUGGGGCUCCAGGGAGAGCUGAAGAUUGCGGACUUUGGCUGGUCUGUGCACGCGCCCUCCCUGAGGAGGAAGACGAUGUGCGGCACCCUGGACUACCUGCCGCCAGAGAUGAUUGAGGGGCGCAUGCACAACGAGAAAGUGGAUCUGUGGUGCAUUGGCGUACUCUGCUACGAGCUGCUGGUGGGAAACCCCCCCUUUGAGAGUGCUUCACACAAUGAAACUUACCGGCGCAUCGUCAAGGUGGACCUGAAGUUCCCCUCUUCUGUGCCCAUGGGAGCCCAGGACCUCAUCUCCAAGCUGCUGAAACAUAACCCCUCAGACCGACUACCCCUGGCUCAGGUCUCAGCCCACCCCUGGGUCCGGGCCCACUCUCGGAGGGUGCUGCCACCCUCGGCCCUUCAGUCUGUCGCCUGAGGCGUUCCUGUCAUUUACUCAUUUGUGUCUGUAUUUGUAUGUCUGUAUAUGUGUA